AUGGCGGUCAACUGGUCRACGGAUGUUGUGGUUGUUGUCAUUGCCAUUUUUGCAGUAAAUAAUCGCUAUKUAGUUAAGAAGCCAUAGUAMCUAGCAUAAUUCUGUGAUGGAAAAUUACGUGCUUUACGAUGAGAUUGGUCGAGGCGAGCGAUCUGUCGUGUAUAAAGGCAGAAAGAAAGGGACCAUCGAGUUUGUUGCUAUACAUUGUGUUGACAAAACUAAACGAUUUGAACUUAGAAAUAUGGUUCGUCUUACUCAUGACCUUGCUCAUCCUAACGUAGUGACGUUCCACGAGUGGUACGAGACUACAAACCACAUCUGGAUGGUAGUUGAGCUUUGCACGGGAUACAAUUUAGAUGUGCUUAUCUCGCAAGACAAGUUUCUACCWGAAAUAACUGUCAAACACUUUGCAGUAGAAAUUAUCAAAGCAUUGUUUUAUAUCCAUUCGUUAGGGCUUGUCUAUUGUGACUUAAAACCUUCUAAAUUACUACUUGAUGGUCCUGGAAAUGUCAAACUGAGUGACUUUGCAUUAGCUAGAGUUGAAGGUGAAGAUGAUAUUUUUGACUUGGCUGUGGAUGAUGGUGAUGAUUAUGAUGCUAGAGAUAUAGCUUUUCCCAAACCUUCACCACAUUACAUGGCUCCAGAGGUACUCAUGGGAUCAACAUACAGCAAAGCAAGUGAUCUUUGGUCACUUGGAUGCCUUUUAUUUGAACUUUUUACUGGAAAGCAACCUUAUACUGCUGCAUCUCUUGAAGAACUUGUCGAAAAGAUUCUUGGUGAUCCAUGCCCAGCAWUAAAACAAGAACUGAAAGGAGAAACUAUUGAGGGAUCAAAAGAAUUCCAAGAACUUAUAAAACAACUCCUUAUAAAAGAUCCUCCACAGAGACUCAGCUGGUCAGAGCUGAUUGUACACCCUUUCUUUGACCACGCAUUAGAUGAGCUAUUAGAAAKCACAASUGAUUGUAGUAUGCAAACAGAAAUAAAUGCACAUGAAGAAGGUGAAAAUCAUGAUAUUGUUAUCAAAGAAUGUGAUGGAAUUGAGGAAGAAAUAGAUGAAAGUGAAAGAGAAGUGGGAAWUGGUGAAAUAGAUAAGAUCCCAGUAGACAAGGAGGUCAAACAAGGCACAUACACCUUCAAGAGUUUACCCAAAAAUGUUGCUGCWAAGYUGGAGGAAUUGAAAAUUGAAGACCAAAGAAAUGGACAAAAUGAUGCUCCAACAUCCCAAAGGAACUUUAAACAGGUUAAAGGUACCUCCAAACAUGURAAUUCAAUGACUGAAAGUACAAAGCACAGUAAAAGUCUGUCUAGUAAUAACACAUYACUUUYAUCAAGUCUUGGAAAAAAGACAGUUGUAUUGAAUCAAGUGAGCAGUACUUGUGGCAAUCUAGGAGAAACUACUUCCCCAUCUUCAUCAGAUCUCAUCUUUCAUGCAUCAGACUUUGUAGUGGCUCCAAUUGUUGAUAAUACCAAAAUAAAAAAGUUUGCUCCUGYCAAGUUUGAURCRAAAGCAUUGUGCUGCCAACCACUCAAAGCYGAGGAGAUWCUUGRCAUGUCAGAUGAGGAAAUAGSUGCACAUUUUAAUGCAAUAGAGACCUUGUUUUCUCCUAAGCAAAAGGGUAAUGCAUCAUCUAUGCAGCGAUGUAAACUACAUACYUCAGCAUACCUGUCAUCACUAUGUCGUCAUGGAGAUAUCGCUAACUUAGUGUUUGAGUCAGGAUUAAUUCAAGUUUUGCUCUACCAAGUAAAAAAUGGAUUUUCYUCUGAUUUGAAAGCAAGAAUUGCUCAUUGUUUGGGUUUGCUUGCUGGCUCAGCUACUUUGAUAUCAGAAGAUUUUCACAUGACUGAAGUUUUUACAGUAUUAACAGAAGUGAUUCGAGACAACUUCCGCAACAUUCAACUCAAACAGCAUCUGGUACCUGCUUUGGGAGAGUUUCUUUUCUAUGCCUCAACACAGGAAGACACUGAAGGAAGACAGAUUGCUAAGUGGGAUGUUCCUGGGACUACUUUUGUAAUCAUAACAAGAUGUUUGAAUGAYGGUGAAGACAUUUAUGUGCAACACUUUGCUGCCAAGACGAUUGAAAAUAUUGCUUCUACUCAUGGUCGACACUGUGCCAAGUUUGUCARCAAUGACACAGCACAGCUCUUAUGGAAGCUCUUUACACACUGCACUGUAGAUAACCAGAAAGUGACAGCUAUAUCAGCAUUGUGCCGUCUUGCCUGUCAAUCAGUCAAUGUCUUCCAAUAUGUGGUAGAAAAAGCAGGCUUCAAGAAAGUGGUUGAUGCUUUCUCUAGUAGUGUAUCACAAGUACAGCAAGCAAUGUUAACUAUGUUUGCUAUGUUACUCACUACAAAACCUCAAGCCAGACGAGCCAUACAGGAAAAGGAGCUGGUUGGCAAGGUAAUGCGUCUCUUUGAGAGUCCAUCUCCAAUUAUAAGAGGGAAAGCAUUUCUUGUUAUAAUGGCUGUAGUACAAGGAAGCAGGGAAGCUUUGUUAACAAGUUGUCAGGCUCGUCUAGUGAUGCACAUAGAGAAAGACCAGCGMCGUGGUACACCAAUGAAAGAUGAAGCCAMUGAUAAYCAAGUUUAUCUUCUGCAUUGCCUGCAUUACUGCAUUUUGUCAGUUGUUGAUACUGCAUUGAAUAUCCUGGAAGAUGUCUUGACUGCYCUUGGAGCWGURGAAGGUAGACGACAUCCUUCAGCUUCACAUACCAAGCAACUAAGAACACACUUACCCAACCUUCCUGUYAUACUUCAUUUGAUUACAAGUCAUGCCUUCCGAUCCAUUAUUAUAACAGAAGMCUUCCUGUCCAAAACUGGCACCCUUCUUGGUCAUGUGAAAUCAGUUGAUUGUGGAGAGACUAACAUUGGUACUACAGCAGGUCACAAUGCCGCRCAGGACUUGACGUAUGUAGUUCUGUCUGUGGUAGAGUGUAUCACGCAGCAUCCYCCAUUACUAUUAGAGUUUGYRGUACCCAUAUCAGACCAUAUUCUUCCAGUACUUGUUGAGUUGGUGCAUAGCGCUAAUGGCAAUACAAGGGCUUUGUGUUUCCGUUUGUUUUCUGAGGUAGCUUCACUGUACUUGGAUAAUGGCAACAUGUGUAGUUCUAUCAAUACUGCAGACAGUUUGUCAAAUGUUCCCACAGAAAAACUGAAACAGGUCAUAUCAGAAAAGCUUCUCCCUCAGUAUCAUCUCAUUCUACAAGACCAGAAUCCUUUGCCAGCUUAUGGGCUCAAGCUGCUGGGUUCCCUAAUGGAUCGGUGCCCAGACUCCUUGCAGGACUUCCUAAACCAAGACCUAGUGCUGUCAUUGYUACAAAUUGUUAAUUCCCACUCUCAYGAAGGCAAUGCMUCUAUGAGUGAAACGGUUGUUGCUUUGCUUAAAACARUCUUAGUGAACAAAGAGGUUGAAAUGGCUGUACUUUACCAACAAGGUUUGAUUGACAGUAUCAAAUCACUUUUCCUGGACGUCCCAGCUCUUCUAGCUGAAACUAAUCCAGAUAAUGAUGACACUUUACCUCUACUUUCACUAUUGGAUGUUCUCUAUGUUGUACUGAAGUAUGUAUCUAAAGAAGUUCGCCAUGCAUUACAUGAGAGAAGUAAAGAUUCCAGUGCAAGUGAAAGUCUAAACCAAGCAGCAGAAAUCUUACUUAUGAACACUAAACCCAUUGCAGAUGUCACUGGUGUUUUAAUCAGUUUUCUUGGGAAUGACGAUAGUAAAGUUCAAGAGGGAGCUUGUAAAGACUUAUAUCUCAUGGCAGAGCUAUUUGGUGGACUGUAUGAAGACUCAAUGAGUCCUGAMAAUGUGAGAUGCUUUGCUGUWGCCUUACAGAGACAAGAUGAUGUGGCCCAGAAGCAGCUAUUGAGGAUUAUUAAGAGAAUAAUCUCAUCAAACAGCCAACAUUGCAAAGCUAUUGUCAGUCAUGGACAGGCUUUGYUAGAGGUCCUCCAUCAACUGGAAACCCAUUCUGAGGUUGACACAAUAAAGACACUUUCUCAAGAAGUCCUUCACAAAAUUGGUGUGUGAUGUAAAUAAAGUUGGCAUUUAAGACCCCUUGGGAAUAAAAUUCUUUGUUUUCAAUGACUGCCAGGAGAGUAUAUGAAUAUGAAUGAAUCCAACUCAAARGGUMUAARUGGGACAAACAUUGCCRAAGCUGAGGUCUAUAGACACAGCAGUAAUGAAAACAGUGAACAUUAAUGACAGGUCAGAAUAGUUGAAAUUUUAGGCAGCUUUGCUAAUUUAUAUUACCUAUGGAAAAUAUAGCUUGUAAUACCAUAAAACUUACAAAAUGCACUGCUUCAAUAUGUUUUGUGGUCUUUUAAAGUGUUUUCGUCAUACAACAAAUAUUUAUAUCUAUUUUAUUUUUGUUCACAUUUUGAGUGAAAAGACAAAAUAAAGCUAUAUGAAUUAUU